AUGUCAGUUAACAAAUCCCCAGAUAAUAGUUUUACAGAUCCCUGGUCGUAUUAUGUUGAGAACGAUACAGAAAAUUUGACAGUUCAUCCGUACUUUAAAGCCGUUCAAGCAAGAUUUUGGACCUUCGAACAUUACAUUAAUUGGUUGUGUAAUAAUGUUGAGCUUCCUAUUUGGUCCACAAGCGUAUCUCAAUUUUACGAGUCUUUAAGUACCAUCAAUAAAAUCAAAAAUGCACCUCUUUGUGUUCGAGCAUAUGUGAAAAGUGUUUUGGAAACUAUGAAUGAAGAGGAGAACAAGCAUAUAAUGGAGGAUCUUGAGGAUACAUAUCUAGCAAUAUUGAAAGAAAAACAGGAUAAGGAUCUUAGCAAGAAUUUAUUGCACGCACAAACGAAUAAGAAGGCUUAUGCUAAUUCCACAGUUGAUAAUUCCAAAAGUCAGACGAAGAAAAAAAAAUUUUUCCGUGAGCCGAAAAAGAGAAGAACAGACAAUAGUGACGAUGAGGAAGCUAUGGAAGGAUCUGUUCUCUUUGAUGAAUCGAAUGAGGACACUUUAAUUGAUUCCAUAGAUGAGUCUGGGUUGAGAGAAGAAGCAGUGUUGCCAAUUUCAGAAACGAACCCUGAUACUUCAAAGCAGGAAUUUUUACAAAGUAUCUCCGAGAAAUUCAAUAAAUAUCAGGAAAAAAUUCCUAAGACGCGUCGAAUAAUAACAUUGGGUUAUUGGGGCAUCUUUGAUCUAACGCAACAGAGCCUCUAUGGAUGCACGAAUUUCUCCCAAAACGAAAUCAAUAAAAUCGCGCAAGAUUUUGCCAAUCACGUUCAUUGGUCUCCACAACCAACUCCAGAUUAUCUUCAGCAAUAUUUUGAUUCUUGCGAUCCUACUAAACUUAAAGAUAAUGCAAUGGUUGAAAAAAUACACACGAAUAUACAAUUUAUACUCUAUAAUAUGUCUAAAAAAGGAGCUAAGACGGAAGAAGAACAUAAAUUCAUUACCAUAUAUCCUUUAUUCAAUGCUUUCAUGGACCCUUCGUUAAUAAAAGAUACUUGGGGAGAGACUCAGACACUUUGCUCGAAAGAUAUGAGGAAUGAGAAUGCAAAUCCUUUUGUCAAAGCUCGUAUGGGGCGAAAAGUUGAUAUGAAAGGCACCCUGACGAGGACAUCAAAUAAAUUCGAAGCCUUGUACGGAGAGGUUGCAAACGGGUUAAGUUCACUUGGAAUAUCGCUUGCGUCGCAAAAAAAGAAAUAUUUAGACAAAGUCAAACUUGCAGUAUUAAUGCGAGACUCGUUAAAUAGUAUUUUAAAAAAAUGGAAAUAUUUAAAUGAUGAGCAGAGAAAAAAGAUUAUUGUAUAUGGUUGGACACUUGCAGAAAAUUGUCAUCUUCCAUCAAAUAAAGAUGAAUGUGCCUUAUUUGAAGGUGCAUUUUGCCUCUUGAAAGAAUUGGGGAGGAAAUUAACUGAUACUGAAAAGCUCAUCCAAGAAUUACAUAUUGCAAACACGCGUGGAAAAUGUAGACAAAUAACUACCAAGAAUAGUCCAACCCUAAACCUUAAUAGAACUCCGAAUUGA